AUGAAAUCACCUACAUGGAAUGAAACCACCUUCAAAGAUGUGCUAGUACCUGCUGUCCAGUCCUUCAUCAACGAAGGAACUACCGAUUUUGCCAAGAAACACCUGCUUUCAUCCACGGUGGUAUUCCGUAAUGUCAACUUGCAAGAUGAAAUAUUCGUUGACUCUCUUUGUGAUGACGAUGGCGCUUCUGGUUCCGACUACUGGAACAACGUGGCUGACAGAUUUGGUGUGUGUUAUUGUAGAAUAGCAGAAGGAAAAAUCGCUGAGAUCGAAUUUCGACCGUUUCGAGUGAUCCCCCACAUUGUCCCUAUCAUAGCCAUCGUUCGAGGGGAAAAGACAGUCACCGUUAUCUACGAUGACUUAGGUCCUGAUUGGGUGGAUCUGAACUUAGUGCUUCGCUACUCCUACAGUAACAUCGAGCAAUAUUCGCAGGUCCACAAUUUCGCCGCAGCUGCAUUAGCUGACCUAUACUUUCAAUUGGAUCGGCUGAAUUUCUAUGUUCGUGAUCCUCUAUUUCUCUGCGACAAUGUUUUUUGGUUGUUGUGCGAUCCGUUCGGUAGCGGCUCCGAUGAUUACCCUUAUGAGGAUUUCGCCUAUCAGAGUACUGCCACGUCUGAAUGGGUGAACGGUGCAAUGUCGAAUUAUGAUUACAUCACGAUAUUGAACAAGGCAGCAGGACGAGUGAGAGGAGAAGUUCACAACCACCCGAUUUUUCCGUGGGUAUGCGAUUUCAAAGAGAAGAAUGGCGGCUGGCGCGAUUUAACAAAAACGAAAUACCGGCUCGCAAAAGGGGACGAUCAGUUAGGCCAGAAUUUUCGUCAUCUGUCCCAUCACAUCCCAGAAAUCCUUUCCGACAUUGGAUACAUGGUUUACAAAGCUCGUGUGGAAUCAAAAUCGAACCUUUGCAAGCACGUCCGCAGCAAUUGGGUUCCAAGAGAAUAUCCCGCAACUAUGACGAGGAUGUACGAAUGGACUCCAGAUGAAUGUAUACCGGAAUUCUACGACGAUCCUUCCAUACUAGUAUCUAAACACUCGGAUAUGCCGGAUUUGGAGUUGCCGUCAUUUGUGUCAUCGCCCGAAGAAUUCAUCAAAUGGCACAGAGAGAUGUUGGAAAGCGACGAGGUCUCACGGCAUCUUCACGAAUGGAUCGACCUCAACUUUGGGCACAUGUUAUCCGGUGACAUGGCUGUGGACUGUUUGAAUGUACAUAUGUGUUUCUCGGAACCGAAGACACAUCGUUUUCGAACUAUCGGCGUGGUCCAGCUGUUUCAUCGACCGCAUCCAAAAAGAUUUCGUGGUUCAAGUGGAAAUCCACUUGUGGAUUGCGAUAAAAGCGGAUUUGAGUUGAAACAAGAUUUUUGCCUCGAUUCACCGGUCAAGUCACAGAAUGAACCGGUAACCCUGCUCGAAACUUAUCGCUCAAAAAUCAAGGAAACUAAGUUUAAAACGCCGGCUGACCAGAUGUUUCUCUCAUUUGUGCACUCUCUGUUUCGAUUUCGAAAACACUUCCUGCGCUUCACUCCUCUGCGCGACUUCGAUAGAAACAACCGACGUUUUGUUGAGCAUUCCUACGAUCUUCCUGAAUCAUGGCUAGAUUUUGUAAACGAAAUUGUCGACGGUUGUAGCGAAUUCACCGAUCACUCACAUAUUCCUUUUUAUCUUCUCCAAACUCUUGAUAUUCCUAUGGAGGUAGUCAAUUUUCAUGACGGAAUCGCUAAUUACUAUUCAUUCCACCUCCUGCGUAAAUCCGUAGUUGUUCAAGGAAAUGAGGAACGUCUUCAAUCUGUAAUGUUGCGUGAAAUUGAUGCUCUUAAGAAUGCUAUGGAAACGUCAGUAAUGGAAAAUUCUCUGGUUCGACUAUUUGAGCGGAUGAUUGCGGACAAAGAGUCGGCUGUGCAGACGGUCCAUCGCCUGUUCGUAGUUGUUUGUCGAACAUUCGAUGACCAAUCAUUUGAACAAAUUCUGAAACCGCUGGUUGAACUACUCGGCUGCGAAUCAUCCGUGAAGCUGCUAGACCGUCGUUUUCUGCUCCCAGCAUCAAUCGCUUACGGUGCAGCCAGAUUUCUUAGGGAGUUUCUUCCUACUGUCAUUGAAGCGGUUGCGUCACUUCAGAUUGAUAGGAGCGUCGUUGCAAAAGAAAGCGUUGUUUGGCUUUCAAAAAGAUAUGGACCCGUGAUAAGUGCUCGUUUCAUUACGGCGAAUCUGCUACGAGUUCUUGGUUCAUGUUAUAUGGGAAUGGCAUUACUGGGAAGAAACCAAGAGCCAGAGUCAGUGUUUACGCUUCCAUUAGUUGGGGACGAAUGUGGCGCGAGAGUGGAAGCAUGUCUUACAGAAAUAGCUGCUAGUUAUAGCGUAACAUUCGUGACGGUUCAAUAUCUUCCAUUCUGUGUGGAUCUCGUCGAACAAGCUACCAAAAGACUCACACCACCUAUCGAAGCUGGCUUGCUGGCCGCUUUCCGGAUAGUACGGCUCAGUGCUAAGUCUAUGACCGAUCACCAACUUAUGAAUUACCUUGAGGACUACAUCGUCGAGAAGAUCAUCGUUCGAGUAUUGCAGUUAACCUUUAGCGCUAACGCUUCAUUUUACGAUAACCGUUCUAGAAUUAUUGUGACAGCCGGGGCUGUAUCUAUACUGUACAACAUUUCAAUGCGAAUAGGUCUCGAAAAUACGAGGAUGUAUGCAAGAAAACCGUUCGAAUUGAUGUUUGAGACUUUUGGAAAAUUAUACGAGGCAGAUGAACAGCUGAAGAUAUCGGCAAAGUGCACAGACACUGCAGAGGCAGUUGCUUCCAUUCCACUUUGGUUCGUUUCUUCGGUGAUUGAUAGAUUCGCAAGCUCAUGGGGAGUACCGCUUUUAUCCUCAUUCUGUUCCGAUCCUGCUUUCCUGGUUCCCUUUGUUAGCUCUCAAGUAGCUAGUUCACCGUCGUCCCCUCUUCGUAUGACAACGGUUUAUCAGCUGAACAGUUUCCCAUCUGGCAACAGGCUAUUGUCACUUUCUUCACCACCAUCACAGUCGAAUUUAUCCAGUAUAGGUGGAGUGGGACUAUGUGAGUCGACAUCCCUGAGUGCCUUGUGGUGUGCACGAAUAUCAGCCGCUGUGUGCACCUCGGAGGGAAAAUCUGCAUUUCGUUUCGACCACCUUUCCCUUUGCUCGUUCAACGGUCAUUCCUCAUCAGUCCGUCGUAUAGCUGCCCUUUCAAACGAGAACUCAUUUAUUUCUGCAUCAUCAGACAAAACUGUCAAACUGUGGUCGAUAAAACCCGAGUUGGACACCGUAGAAGCGCAACAAACAUACGGCCGACAUCAGCGUUCGAUUCAGGAUGUGGCGCUUCUUGCAAAUAACCUCAUUGCUUCCACCGAUGGCGUCCUUCAUGUGUGGGAUCCGUUUCGAGGUGCGAUCAUCGCUCAAUUAGAUUGGGAUAACGAGGCGACUAUUUGUGGGCUGGCACAUGUAGAUCGACAUUCAAUGGCAGCCAUUUCGAGUCUUCACUCCACAGUUCGCUUGCUCGACACACGUAUCGGCUGUUGGACCAGCGAGCUGAAAGUGUCAAACGUGUCUGGAUUAACAAGAGCGUUUUCCGUGAGAGAUUCUGGUCACAAAAUGGUAGUGGCCUUAUCAAACGGGACAAUAGUGGUACUAGACGCUCGUACCGGUCGACUAUCCUCUUUAUCUCAUGGAAAUAACACGCAUGCUACAGCGGUGAAAUGGUUGACUGAGACGGAUUUUCUCGUUUGUGAUGCUGACGAGCCCGGAACAAUUUUUACUGCAAACCCACGAAUAUGUGCAGUUCGCAAGCUUCCCGAUACAGUUGCGAGUGCAUUUGUCAGUGACGACAAGUUGGUCACACUUCAAGGGAACAGUGUCAUCCGAGUGUACUCCGGAGCAGAGACUGUUCUUGAAGCGAAAAAAGAUCCUCAAGCCACGAUGCAAUCCUCAUCCCCUUCAAAAGUAAUGGAAUAUUCUGCAAUACACGAUGUAUGGUCAUAUGUGGACGAUCUACCGAGUGAAUACGAAGAGUACUACAGUGAAAGACUGGUGGAUAGUCUUUAUGAAAGAGCUCCUGCAGAAUCAACUUUCUUUUUGAAUGCGAACUGCGAAGAUCCAACUUACAUCAACAUCCGUCAAGACCGUGCACCGCCCGUGUUUUAUCAUUUUGGUGACCGCUACAAAGGACUGUUCAUGUUCUUACGAGAGACAAAUACGAAAAAAGCAGCCAUUUCUUCUCUACAAAACGAAAUUGAGUCGUUGCUAAGCAUAAAAAGCGACUGCUAUUUGGCUACGGAGAACGAGCGAAUGUUCGCAGCAGACAUAAACAUAUUUGCCACCAUGGUAGACAACCAACUACGACGAAUCAGAAGAAGUUCUGUCCAACAAUUCAACGCUAUCUCUAAGAAGUUAACAGAACUGGAAGUAAAGGGGCGCUCGAGAACUCAUGCGACUCCGUCAUUCGCCUUCCUGAGAAAGUUUUUCCAAAGACUCUUCACCAGAAGAACAAAUGCUUAG